AAGAAUCGCUCCGCAUCGACGAUACAUCGGCGAUGCGGCGCGAUGUGGAGCCAGAGUUUCUCCACGCCGAGCUUGCAGCGGAUGGAGCUCGCAGCGGAUAGAGACCGCGCCCUGCGCACCCCCUCAAGCGACGAGGAAAUGCUGUGUUGAAAGCCGUCCUGGAAGCCAUGAGGCUCCCAAUACGGUCUCACGACAGGUCAAGAGGCCCCCAAGACGGCCCAAGAGAUCUCCAAGAUGCCCUUCCGUAGCCAUUUUGGCUCAAGCUCGUAUGGCUCAAGCUAUAUGUUGGAAAUCAGUUGUUCUGGCUGUGCUGGUAUUUCCAGCUUGCUGGUCAAGCGCAUGCUUAUAAUAUGCCAGAGCAACCGGUCUGAUCUUUGCCGAGACCGCCAAGAAAAUUGCAUAACGCAGGGUCCUUUUGAGCCUUGCUUUUGUGAGGACGGCUACGGUUGCCAGGACAUCAGACGAACGGCCGAUCACUUCGGUUAUACAUAUGAGUACACCUGCUGCCCUGGAUAUGACGGCUUCGAAUGUGGAGCAUUUUCCCAGGAUAAUUUCUAUCGCCUUUCAAUCAUUGGUCUUUUGAGCUUGGCUCUUGGCUUGUGUGGAGUCUUCGUGGCAUCAGUGCGACCCAAGUGCGGGCGGAAAUCAGGCGCCGCAUCUCUGAGUCCAGGAGACCGCGCUGUUGAAUCAGCGCCCACGGUUCGCGACGGUGAACGCUUACAUCGCGAAGUGCCUGAGGAACGGUGGUGUGUGACUAAGGCGGACCUGCGACAGCUUCGGCGACUUGUUUGGCAUGCAGUUCAAGAACACCGAAUCAUACCAACGGAGUCAGACCCUUUCGACGCAAGCGACGAUAGGAUUGGCCCUAGCAUGCACACUGUGAACAGCCAGUUCAUCAGGCCGGUUACACUUUCAGCUGGGAAGGUGAGUUGGGCUUUGAUGCUACAUCCUGAGGGUCUGCCUUGCGAUUUGUUUAUCACGCAUGGUUGGGAGGAGGGCGUCUUCGAAUUCUGUGACAAUGUCAUGAACUCUUGGCCAGUUGGAGCGAAGCAUGCGUAUUUGUGUAUACUUUCCAAUCCACAGAAUCUCAACAUAUCUGCUCUUGUAUCUAGUCCCACGGAUUCUCCUUUUGCGAAAGCUUUGGCGUCCGCAACGCGCAUGUUGGCGGUCCCGAAUCGGACAUGCAGUAUAUACUCACGGACCUGGUGUGCAUACGAGGCCUACCUUGCAUAUUCGUGGCAGAAAGAUAUCCGCACUGCCCGGCCCCUGGUGCGGGACUUCUGGGCCGAUGUGGUCGGAAUAGGUUUCCUCUCUUUGUCAGGAGCAGGUGCAUUUUGUAUUAUCCUUGCGACUCAAUCCAUGUUUUCUCAAGAUUUGAUAUAUCUAGCGCCCCAGGUAUUGUCGUUGAUUCUGGCGUUCUUCUACGCAUUCUUGCGGAAGCGCCCUGGAUCUGUUUCUCUUCGUAUUGUCAUCCGGUUGAUUGGUAUCACGUCUGGUGCUUACGCUGCGCAUCAAGUCACAAAACGCCCCCACUAUGUAACAGCUUGGCUUGCUUUUGCGGUGAUGUUCCUCGCGCCGAUCGCCCUCGAGUCCGACCGCCUGAGGACAUCAGCAGCAGCUGUUGCAACACAGCAGUUGCAGAAUGGGUUUACGGGCCACGUCCGGGACGCCAAAUGCACCGUCCCGGCAGACGGGGAGGCGAUCCGGCGAGAGAUUAGAUUGAGUUUUAAGGAGCAUUUCGUUGACAAAAACGUGAGAGACAUCAUGCGCAUGGGUAUUGUGACGAAGCAUUUGCGCGAAGUUGAAGAAUUGGUCGGACCUCUUGCUGAUGUGAGUGUUUGGGGCUUUGGCACCGCCAGCAUCGGAUUGAUAUGGUUAGUACUUACCGCUCAACAACUCGAAGGUGGAUGGUGUGGUGGAGCGACCUCUUGGCAGAUAUGGCUUGUGCUCUUAGAAGGUUUAUGCUGGGCAGCCGUCGUGGCGCGCUUGCCGCCAGAUCGCGUAGCCUUCGCGACAGGAUCAGUUACACUGGUUUUCGGGGCGAUAGGUGUUGGGCUUUUCGAAAUGGCGCUGACGAAUGACAUGUGCACCUCCAACUACAUUACGGCCGCGUUCAUUGGCCCCGUGAUUCUGGCUAUGUCCAUCGCUGGACCCGCGAGUGUUGCGCGGGUGACUCCGUUUGGGCCUCUUUUGGUGCGCAGUGUUUUUGGGUUUGAUCUCUGGAUCAAGCCGGACUUUUUAGCUUUGGAGGCAGAAGCACAGCAAUCCAUGCCGCCUCAACCUGCGCGAGAUGUGUGACCGUGGCUCUCGAGGAGGCGAUGGGCAACGGCAUGUAAAGACUUCCAGGGCCUUAAUCAAUAGCCCUAUAGCACUCUAGCCCUGUAGCCCUAUAGCCUUAUAGCCUUAUAGCCCUAUAGCCCUAUUGUCUUUUUUCUCCGGUCUGAUGGUGCGCAGUGUCUUUGGGUUUGAUCUCCGCUGGAUCAAGCCGAUUUUUUAGCUUUGGAGGCAUGAGCACAGCAAUCCAUGCCGCAUUAGCCUGCGCGAGAUGUGUGACCGUGCCUCCUGAGUAGGCGACGGGUAAAGACCUGUAAAGACUUCCAGGCUUCCGCGCCGUGAAGAAGAGAAGGAUGAUUUUAGUUCCUUCCAAGUCGAACUUUUUAAGCCUGUGAGGCGGACGCACAGCAAUCCAGGCCGUCUCAGCCUGCGCGAGAUUUGUGACUGUGCCUCCUGAGUAGGCGACGGGUAAAGACCUGUAAAGACUUCCAGGCUUCCGCGCCGUGA